CUCAUGUGACUGGAGCUCGAGACGUGUCUGCAGUCACAGGGUUUAUUUAACACGUACUUCAAAUCCACCCACAUACACUCAUUUAACCAGCAGUGGAGCCGACAAACGCCUCCCUGGAUCUUCAUUCGACAACAACAUAAUUUCUAGCGUCCUAGUUUCGAGUUCAGACACUAAAUCCUGGACUCUUUACUACGAAAACUAGUUUUCGGCACAAUCGACCCUUUAUGCGAAGGAAAUACAUGUGGACUUUGAUGAGAAAUUGAAGGAUCGUGUUGUUAUUUAUUUAUAUAUAUAUAUAUAUAUAUAUAUAUAUAUAUAUAUAUUAUAUAUAUAUAUACAUAAAUAUAUAUAUUUUGAAAAUACCCUGCUCUUACAUUUGUAAGACAUAUUCAUAGUGGGAAAUGGAGAGGAUUACCAGUGCUCAGCCUCCACCAUGUAUGGCCAAACACGCCUCGCUGGAUAUCUCUGACAUGCAAGGAAUGGAUUUCCCUAUGUAUGUGUACAAACCCCGGAGGGGAAUGAAGCGGAGUGAGGACAGUAAGGAUACGUACAAAUUGCCUCAUCGAUUGAUCGAGAAGAAAAGGAGAGACAGAAUAAACGAGUGCAUCGCGCAGUUGAAGGAUUUGCUGCCAGAACACCUCAAACUCACUACUCUGGGACACUUGGAGAAGGCUGUCGUGUUGGAGCUCACAUUGAAGCAUGUGAAAGCACUUAACAACCUGUUGGAGCAGCAGCAACAGAAAAUCAUUUCCUUGCAAAAUGGAAUGCAAAUCGGUGAGCAGGGCAAUGGGCACUCGGAGAACAGUGAGGAAAUGUUCCGUUCCGGGUUCCAUUUGUGUGCCAAGGAGGUUCUUCAGUUCCUCACCAACCAGGAGAACAUGCAAGACUUUUCACCUGCACACAUAAUCAACCACCUUCAGAAAGUGGCGUCAGAUCUCAUCCAGAGCCCGCCGAGUCCUCGCCUCGAGGAGCCCACUUCCAAAGUUCAAGAGACCUGGGAAAAACCAGCAGGUCCACAGCUGAAAGCCGCUGAGGGCCACGCAAAAAAUUGCGUGCCCGUCAUUCAAAGGACUUAUCCCCACAGCAGUGAGCAGAGCGGCAGCGAUACAGACACCGACAGCGGCUAUGGGGGCGAGCUCGAAAAGCGUGACCCGAAAGCCCAGCGGCCAAUCUAUUAUGGCAAAGAGAGCGGAGAUCUCAAGUACGGCAGCAGCAUUAAAGAGGAGCUUGAGGAGCCGCAGGCCAAGCGGCAAAGGUCCGACUCCUCAGAAGACGAGUCUCUUUCAGGGCACGAGGUGGUGGGUGGCCACAGCCCCUACAUGAGCUUUUCUCCACAUCAGCCACCUCUUUGCAUGCCCUUCUACCUCUUUCCGUCUGGCGCAGCCGCUGCAUACCUGCCAAUGCUGGAGAAGUGUUGGUACCCGGGGGCCAUGCCCGUAUUGUACCCAGGCAUCGGCGGCUCCCCUGAGAAACUCCCAUCGUCUUUGGUCAUGUCCUCAAGAGUGGGCUCUCCUGUUACCCCUCCCACCUCAAUGGACUCUCCUGCUCUCCUGCAGGCCCUGAAACAAGUUCCCCCUUUAAACUUGGAAACCAAAGACUGAGGAUCCAGUCCGGCUCCAAGAAUUGCCCGCUCUCUGAAUGUUUAGGUCUUGAGAGUGGACUUCUCUGCUGAAUAAGCUCCCUGAGAGGGUUAGGUUGAAGAGGGUGGAAACGCAAAGUUCAAAGAUGCACCCUCUACGACAGCAAGCAGCUGUUCUGAUCCUCUCAGAAGUAUGACGGCCUCUCUUUGACCGCCGAGACACAACACACACACUCUCUCUUAUCAGCCCAGUGGCUAGUUUCCUCCACAACCAGCAUACACGCAUCCAGAGACUGAACAUCAACGCAGACAGGUAUAGGAGGCCCAGUGUAAAACACUGUGAGACACUGUGAAGAACGUCAAAAUGAGGACAAUGAGCUUGUAAGGACCUGGGGUGGGCAAACAGCUACUCUCUGCACUUGUAUUGAAUGUUGAAUUUCAAAACAACACAAAACCAAUAACCUAGAAUGUGAUGUGCAGACAGUACCCCAAUGAUAAGGACUUUUCCCUUUGCACAAGCACCUUUUCAGUUGUUGAAUGUAAAAGAAAUUAAUUUUUUUAAUAAAAUGUCUCCCCUGUAGAUGCUGCUUUGGACAUUUUCUCUGUGCCGUGGAAGCUUGAACAGAAAGCUCCACUCUCUUCUGCUUCUGUUACUGCUUUAACUGAUAAGAACCGUGCUUUUAGACUAGAACGCUACCAAAUAAUUGUCUUUGCUUUGGUUGACCGGAGCACAAAUCUGAAACAUGCACCAUUCUCAACUCACGCUCACCUGUCGCACCACAAACGGACUCACUCAAGUUUUUUUUACGUAAGCAAGAACACCAUCUACCCUCAAGAUGCGACACUCAUGUAUAUACAGGAGUAAUGUAAUCACGGCUCCAUCGUAGCUUUUGAGUUUGUCAUCCAUUCGUGCACGUGGGUGAAGUUCUUGUGCGGUAACUAUAUUGUGUAAUUAUUUUUGUUUAUACUACUUACAUCUGUAUUUUUGAUACUUGACCCACGAUGUUAUGUUUGUAUUGCAAAGAGAGGCGAGUUACAGACAGCCGAGCGCUGUUUGCCAUGAGACUGUGUACAUAGCUUUAGAACUUGUCUCAAUCUGCAUCAUUCUGUGUUCGUUUCUGGUCAAAUUAGGACAGAUCUUUGUUCAUGAUGUUGCCUUUACCUUUUUAAAGCAGUAAACAUGAUGGCAGAUAUCUACAUUUGUAAUUCUAUACAUAGAAGCAAAAGAAAGUGAAUGUAAUGUUUAAAAACAAUAUAUAUUAGUUUUGUAUAGGAAGAGGUACUUAGGAUUUUUAUUUUGGGACCUGACAGAAGGUUGCUUGAUGUAUAUAUUUUGUCUAAAGUAUUGUUGACAUACAUUAAAGAAAAGUAGCAAUAAAGUUGUUGUUUUUUUCCUGUGGAAA